GUACGCCGCAAUUUCGCCAUGGCUGGUGUAGAGGAAAAUGGCAGCGCGGGUGCUGGAGCUGCAACGGAUGGGCAGCAUCUAAGCGAUGGAACGUACCGAUUGCGGAUUAAGGUUGUUGCUGGGCUGCAGCUCGCAAAGAAGGAUAUUUUUGGCGCAAGUGACCCGUACGUGCGCAUUGACGUAAAUCAAAUCAACGGCGACGCAACCGUCCUAUCCAAGUUUACCAAAACGAAGAAACGCACGCUCGAUCCGAAAUGGAACGAAGAGUUUAUCCUGCCAGUCAAUCCCGCCGAGCACAAGCUAGUGCUGCAGGUGUUCGACGAGAAUCGGCUAACGCGGGACGACUUUCUCGGCAUGGUCGAGCUAGCGCUCGACCAGCUGCCGAAGGAGCGGCCGGGCGUUGAGAUUCCGGUCCGCAGCUACCCAUUGCGACCGCGCAGGUCAGUACGCGCUCGCUCCAACGUAAAGGGUGAGCUACAGUUGUACCACGCGUUCGUGGUCGAUCAGGACACCAAUGAGACUGACUGGGAGAUUAUUGAGUCGAAUCCGGCCCCAACUGCCAACAGCACGCUACGCACCUCGACCAGCAACAGUACCGUGUUCGAGUUGCCCCAGGGCUGGGAAGAGCGCCAGGAUGCGAAUGGACGUACUUACUACGUGAAUCACGUUGCCCGAUCCACCCAGUGGGAAAGACCCACGGCAGUGCCUAUGGAAACGAUUGCAGAGAGCGAUAUGGACGUAGCAUUCCAGCGUCGCGUACACAUCAGUGUAGACGACAGUGCGACGCUAAACACUUCGCGCAGCAAUUCGAUCGUUUCAUCGUCGACCGGAAGUCUUGCCGCUAGCAACGCUACCAUCGGGUUGGAUAACAACGAAGAAUCCACUGUAGUACUGCGCACGAGUUCGGCACAAUCCUUGCGCCAGCUGCAUGUCAGUACACCGCCACGAUUGCCGGCAGCGCUUGUCCGUAGCUCAAGCCGUGCCGUCCCCAUUCCUUCCCGUACACGCGGAACAAUGCUGAACCGUUCCAGAAGUGCUAUUUCAAGGCGGACAACAGUGGCCGAUCAGCGGCCCGCACCGUGCUCGGGCAUGCCCUGUAAGCUUGUGGAAGAAUCUGUACCGGAUGCGGAAGAGGACGGCGAAAACGGUGGUGCUCAUCAUCAGCGCUCCGUUGCCCAUCUCAGCGAAAGUGGCCGCAGAUCCUCCAGUCGUUCGUCAAUCGCAAGUGAUAAUAGUUUGCGUGCGCAACAACAGCGCAUCGAUGCGGCAGAAGAGGACCUGAUCGCUAGUACUAGUGGUGCGGUGGUACGCAGCGGUAGCAGCAACAGUAACAGUAGCAGUGUCAGUGCGAGCAGUAAUGCUAGCGGCGGCGAUCGACGUCCCUCCACGAAUAAUACUGGUAACAAUAAUAACAACGGUGCCAGCAACAUGUACGGAUCGAUGUCAAAUCAUGGCAGCAAUACGAUCAACAACAACGACACCAGUGACGAUCGGUCGUCUACGCGGUCCUCAACAUCGAACGAGAACGAUUCGUCCGGAAGCAGCCCGUCCGGAGGCGGUGGUGUCAGUUCGCUCACAUUGCCGGCCGGGUGGUCGAUGCAGCUCGCACCGAACGGGCGUGUGUUUUUUAUAGAUCACAAUGAGCGGAAGACGUCGUGGGUGGACCCGCGUACCGGUCGGGCAAGUCCGAUGCCGCACAGUCUGGGUGCCGCAUCGUUGAACGAUGUCAGACGGCCGGAGGAUGGGUUGGCACCGCUACCGGAAGGCUGGGAGGAGCGUGUCCACAGUGACGGCCGCAUCUUCUUCAUCGAUCACAACACCAGAACCACGCAAUGGGAAGAUCCGCGACUGUCCAUUCCGACCAUCGCCGGACAGGCGGUUCCUUACUCGCGCGAUUACAAACGCAAGUACGAGUACCUGAAGACGCAACUGCGAAAACCGCAAAACGUCCCGAACAAGAUCGAAAUCAAGGUGCGCCGCGCGUCCAUCAUGGAGGAUUCGUACCGAAUCAUCAACUCCGUCACCCGGCUCGAUCUGCUCAAGACGAAGCUGUGGAUCGAGUUCGAGGGUGAAGCAGGGCUGGAUUAUGGUGGGCUGGCCCGCGAAUGGUUCUAUCUGCUGUCGAAGGAAAUGUUUAACCCGUACUACGGUCUGUUCGAGUACUCGGCGAUGGAUAACUACACGCUACAGAUUAACCCGUACAGUGAACUGUGCAACGAGGACCAUUUGCUGUACUUCAGAUUUAUUGGCCGUAUCGCCGGUAUGGCCGUGUACCACGGUAAGCUGCUCGAUGCGUUCUUCAUCCGGCCGUUCUACAAAAUGAUGCUCCAGAAACCGAUCGACCUAAAAGACAUGGAGGCAGUGGACACGGAGUACUACAACUCGCUCGUCUGGAUCAAGGAGAACGAUCCGAGCGAGCUAAUGCUGACGUUCUGCGUGGACGAGGAUACGUUCGGCCAGACGACGCAGCACGAGCUGCUACCGAACGGGGCCGAAAUUGAUGUGACGAACGAGAACAAGGAUGAGUACAUCCGGCUGGUCAUACAGUGGCGGUUUGUGUCGCGCGUCCAGGUACAGAUGCAAGCCUUUCUCGAUGGGUUCGGUUCGCUCGUGCCGCUGAAUUUGUUGAAAAUUUUCGACGAGCACGAGCUGGAGUUGCUGAUGUGCGGUAUCCAGAACAUUGAUUUGCGCGACUGGAAGCGUAACACGCUGUACAAGGGCGAUUACUAUCCGAACCAUGUGGUGAUCCAGUGGUUCUGGCGUGCGGUACUAUCGUUUUCGAACGAAAUGCGUGCCCGUUUGUUGCAAUUCGUCACCGGUACGUCGCGUGUGCCGAUGAAUGGGUUUAAGGAGCUGUACGGCUCGAACGGACCGCAGAUGUUUACGAUCGAGAAAUGGGGUACGCAGGAGAACUACCCGAGGGCACACACCUGCUUCAACCGACUCGACUUGCCACCGUAUGAGAGCUAUAUGCAGCUUAAGGAAAGACUUAUACAGGCUGUGGAAGGAAGCCAAGGUUUCGCCGGUGUUGACUAGAGAGAACAAGAGAGGGUGAGGGUGAGAGGGA